AUGAGUCAUGAAGGCCACCACUCCGAGGGCAAUGGUAUGCUCCAGUCUAUGUUCAUUGUUGACAUGACUGAUGUCCAUUUAUCCAUGGAAAAGACUCAGGUUGCGAAUAAUGAGAAAUUUGAUAGCAUCCAGACUGAUGUGUCAAAAAUCAAGGGAUCUCUCAAGCAAACCCAUAAAAUCGCAGAAGGCACCUCCUCCCGCCUUAUGGAUUUGGAAGAUGUAGUGGCAUCUAAUCAAGCAAAACUGGAAGAUAUGCUUGAUAAUGUGCAUCGUCAGCUUCAUGACAUUGAAAAUGCGAUGGUGGCGUCCAAUACCAAAAUGGAGCCCAUCGAGCGUAUUAGCACCAUCGAAUUGUCUGUUCUAGCUCUCCAUAAUGUAAUAGCAAAGUCUGUGGAACACCACAAGGCCAUUCUUCAAUCCGGCAAAGUACUUUACCAGAAACUCUCAGAAGAAGUAGCCGAUACAAGGGCAGAAAUCGGUCAGAUCGUUGAUAAUAUUUUCCAGAAUAUCUCUACAUUCCAUCAGUCCACUACCAACGACUUGGCCGCCCUUCAAGACUCUGUCAAUAGAUGGCCCGAUUCAUAUCUGCAGCCUACUAUCCAUAACACCAUGACCGGUACCACUCUUCUGUCAGAACUUCAAUCGGGGUCUGAGAACUCCGCAUGUCGUGCGGAUAACAUCCCCGGUCACUGGCAUGCAGCUGACGGCGAGACGGCUGUCAGUAAAGUAGACACUGAUGUGUCAUCCCAAAUCUCCCCCUUUACCACCGAGCCAGUUACGACUCGGACAGCAGUUGUUUCGCUCAGCGCAUGCAUGGAUUUAAUUAAACGUAUCUUCAACUCAAUAUCACAGGUUGCAUGCUGCGACACAAGUCUUCGUUUGGUUCACACAAUGCUAGGAGUCAUUAUCUUAGCCAAGAUCUUUCGCAAUUUUGUGCAUCUUGGCUUCAUGAAAGCUCAAACACAGAUUGAAGAGGCCGUGACUCUCACACCUCCCAGCGGGAUGGAAGAACGACUUAUGUGGCAGUUUUGUAAGGAUGCAUGGGGUACGGACAACGUGUAA